AAACCAUUCAUACUUGGCUUUUUAUGCAUCCAUUUCAAAAUACAAGAAAGCUUAACGCCGACUCUCUGAAGCAUCCAUCUCUCUUGUCUUUUUAUUUGUUCAAAAAUCUAUGGAGAGCACAGAUUCUUCCGGUGGUCCGCCGCCGCAGCCAAACCUUCCUCCUGGUUUUCGAUUCCACCCAACCGAUGAAGAACUCGUGAUCCACUACCUCAAACGCAAAGCAGAUUCUUCUCCUUUACCCGUCGCCAUCAUCGCUGACGUCGAUCUCUACAAACACGAUCCGUGGGAACUCCCUGAGAAGGCUUUGUUCGGAGAACAGGAAUGGUAUUUUUUCAGUCCACGAGAUCGGAAAUAUCCAAACGGAGCUAGACCGAACAGAGCUGCUACUUCCGGUUAUUGGAAAGCGACCGGUACAGAUAAACCGGUGAUUUCAACCGGUGAUGGUAAUAAAAAAGUUGGAGUUAAGAAAGCUCUUGUCUUCUACACUGGGAAGCCACCAAAGGGAGUUAAAUCAGAUUGGAUCAUGCAUGAGUAUCGCUUAGCUGAUAAUAAACCUAGUCACAUAUGUGACUUCGGUCACAAGAAAAACUCUCUCCGGCUUGAUGAUUGGGUGUUGUGUCGGAUCUACAAGAAAAACAAUAGUACAUCAUCCCGACAUCAUCAUCAUCAUCAUCGUCUGGAUAACGAUCAUCAUCAUUUUCAUCAUGACAUGAUGAUCGAUGAUGAUCUUUACCGUCUUCCUCUGUCGGUUCCUGGUCAAAAUGUCUCAAGAAUGAAUCUUUUCCCGGCGGUUUUCUCCGAUAACAAUGAUCCGGCGGCUAUAUACGACGGAGGAGGCGGCGGAGUCACUUACUCGAUGAAUCAAGGUUUUGCUUCAUCGUCUGGUGUGAAGCCGGAGCUGUUACUUUCAUCGACGGCGAAUCCAAAUAUUACGAUGCCGUUUUGGGGAGAGGGAAAUCAAGAUCCGGGUAGGAGGUUUAACGGCGGCGUUGGGGAUUGUUCAAACAUCGUCUCUUCGGUGGCGGCGCCGUCAUUAAUGCAGCAGCAAGGUGGGGUUUUGGGGGAUGGUUUAGACAGGACCUCGUACCAAUUAACCGGUUUAAAUUGGUUAUCUUAAUUUUAUUGCCGGUCGGUUCGGUUUACAUAUUUUGAAGAUUUGGGUAUACAGUUUGGGUAGGUUGGGGAAUUGGUUACGGUUGAUUGUUAUUGUAUAGGGUUUAGAACGAAGGAGAUUAAAGAGAUUAGGAGGUGAGGCGACAUAUAGAACAUACAAGUUAAUUUUAUUUUCUUCUUAUGAUUAUUGUUUGUUAUUCACUAAACGUAUCGUUGAUUAUACGUAGAUAUUUCAUGUUUGUAUAUUUGUAUAAUUGAUGCAUGUUAAAAUAAAUUAACGGUUGUAGAUAUUAGUGUGUA